ACACCGUGCAAGACAGUCUGGAUAGCCAAGAGGGGUCUCGUUCACAAACUGUCAGGGAAGAGGCGGCGACUGAAUGCCGAGAGCAGCCUGAGCGGGGUCUCGCUGCAGCGGGCCCCGGGGACGGGCGGCGCGGGGAGAGAGCACGAGUGCUCGGCGGCAGGACAGCUCCGGCCAGCGCUCUGCCCGUGGGGCCGGGACGGGAGUUACGGGGGAGGCGCUGACUUGUAGGAAGUGGGCGCUGAGGCCAUCGGGUGACGCCGGCUGCCAGCAGUUUACUCUCAGAUGGUUCAGGGGGAAGUUCUUUGUACUAAAACUUGGAACAUUUCUCUAAUUUUAAGACAGUUUCCAAAAAGCUAAUCAGAAACAAGCAGCGAGGAGGAGAGCUCCGUGCCGAGCGCGCGCUCAGCCAGCACGAGGGCCGGUUCCACCCCAGCUCCUGCGCCAGACAGACAAGCAGACAACAGCAGCAGCAGCAAACCAAACAGCAACCCAAGCAAACCCAGCAGCUUCCCACGGACCGAGCCUGAUUCCUCCGUCUUGGGGCAUCUCUGAUCAUUCAGGGUGCUGUAGUCCCCGCCGGCCUCGCUGACCGUGGACGGGAUGGCCAGUGUGAACUCUGCCAGCCGCACCCACUACGCCUCCUCCAUCCCCGUGCCUCGCACUGCUUCCCAGACCAGGAUGCAGACACCAGCUGCAUCUCCCCGGCUGCAGCCACGCCAGGCCGGCCUGGCCCUGAGUCCCCAGCGGGCGGCCUCCCCAAGACUGGGCAAGGCUGGAGGCCCUUCCAGAGGCUCGUCUCCUAAGGCGUCCCGGGGGAGAGGCUCCCCCAAGUCUCCUGGGGCUGCCAGGGAGUCAGCCGAGGUUGCUGAGAGCCAUGCUGGCUCCCCAUGGAGCAGUCCCAGGACAGCCCCCAAAGCAGUCCUCUCUAGCCGGACUGGGUCCAGAAGAGCUGGGGAGACACAGGGCACCCAGGGAAGGAAGAAGGUGGCCCAGGAAGGGAUUCCGACUCGCCCGACUCGGGGCAGGAGCCCCUUCCGGACCAGUUCUCAUGGAGAAACUCAGAUACCAGGGGCUCCAUCUAACUACCCAGGAAAAGAUCAAAGAGAUCUGACCUACAGAAGCUCCGGGGGCCCCAGGUCGUUGGAACCUGAUGCCAGGGCAGCUUCCGGGCCGUCCUCUCCAGUCUGCAGCCCUGCGCACAGCCCCUGCCCGGCCCCCGCCCUAGGGGCCAUCAGCUUCUCCUCCGCCCAUCAGCAGAGCCAGCCGGUCACAGCCACGGUGGCCCCCUUCCAGUACAGGGCGCAGACAGACCAGGAACCUGGCCCCCUCCGCCAGGGCAGCUGGGCUUCUGAUGGCUACUCUGGCCCCCCCGGCGGGACUGAGGAGAGCCUCUCGUGCAUGGACGCGCGGAUCGUCCAUGCGCUCCUCGCGGGCAGAAUGCUGGGCGGCAGCGUGAAGAGCGUGCAGCCCGAAGUGGAGCUGAGCUGCGGCGACGAGGGCGCGGACGAGCCGCGGGGCGCCGCGAGGAAGGCGGCGGCGGACGGCAGAGGCAUGCUGCCCAAGCGCGCCAAGGCGCCCGGCGGCGGCGGCGGCAUGGCCAAGGCCAGCGCGGCGGAGCUGAAGGUCUUCAAGUCCGGCAGCGUGGACAGUCGAGUCCCCGGCGCGCCGCCCGCCUCCAACCUGCGCAAGCAGAAGUCGCUCACCAACCUCUCGUUCCUCACGGACUCCGAGAAGAAGAUGCAGCUCUACGAGCCCGAGUGGAGCGACGACAUGGCCAAGGCGCCCAAGGGCCUGGGCAAGGCGGGGUCCAAAGGCCGCGAGGCCCCGCUGAUGUCCAAGACGCUGUCCAAGUCCGAGCACUCGCUCUUCCAGGCCAAGGGCGGCCCGGCGGGCGGCGCCAAGACCCCCAUGGCCCCGCUCGCGCCCAGCCUGGGGAAGCCGAGCCGGAUCCCGCGCGGCCCCUACGCCGAGGUCAAGCCUCUCAGCAAGGCUCCGGAGGCGGCCGUGAGCGACGACGGCAAGUCGGACGACGAGCUGCUCUCCAGCAAGGCCAAGGCGCAAAAGGGCUCCGGGCCCGUGCCCCCCGCCAAGGGCCAGGAGGAGCGCGCCUUCCUCAAGGUGGACCCCGAGCUCGUGGUGACCGUGCUGGGAGACCUGGAGCAGCUGCUCUUCAGCCAGGUGCUGGACCCCGAGUCACAGAGAAAGAGGACGGUGCAGAAUGUGCUGGAUCUCCGGCAAAACCUGGAAGAGACCAUGUGCAGCCUGCGAGGGUCCCAGGUGACUCACAGCUCCCUGGAGAUGACCUGCUACGACAGCGACGAUGCCAACCCUCGCAGCGUGUCCAGCCUGUCCAACCGCUCGUCGCCCCUGUCCUGGCGCUACGGCCAGUCCAGCCCGCGGCUGCAGGCGGGCGACGCGCCGUCGGUGGGCGGCGGCCGCUCGGAGGGGCCGCCCGCCUGGUACGCGCACGGGGAGCGCGCACACUACUCGCACACCAUGCCCAUGCGCUCCCCCAGCAAGCUCGGCCACAUCUCGCGCCUGGAGCUCGUGGAGUCCCUGGACUCAGACGACGUGGACCUCAAGUCCGGCUACAUGAGCGACAGCGACCUCAUGGGGAAGACCAUGACGGAGGACGACGACAUCACCACCGGCUGGGACGAGAGCAGCUCCAUCAGCAGUGGGCUCAGCGAUGCCUCAGACAACCUCAGCUCGGAGGAGUUCAACGCCAGCUCCUCGCUCAACUCCCUCCCGAGCACGCCCACCGCGUCCCGCAGGAACUCCGCUGUGGUGCUGCGCACAGACUCGGAGAAGCGCUCACUGGCGGAGAGUGGGCUGAGCUGGUUCAGUGAGUCGGAGGAGAAGGCCCCCCGGAGGCUGGACUACGACAGCGGCAGCCUGAAGAUGGAGCCCGGCGCCUCCAAGUGGCGGCGGGAGCGUCCGGAGAGCUGCGACGACGCGUCCAAGGUUGGGGAGCUGAGGAAGCCCGGCGCCCUGGGACACCCUGGCUCCCUGAAGAAGGGCAAGGCACCACCAGUGGCCGUCACCUCCCCCAUCACUCACACGGCCCAGAGCGCCCUCAAGGUGGCAGGCAGACCUGAGGGCAAGGCCGCGGACAAGGGCAAGCUCGCGGUAAAGAGCGCGGGCCUGCAGCGCUCCUCCUCCGACGCCGGCCGCGACCGCCUGGGCGAUGCCAAGAAGCCCCCCUCGGGCAUCGCUCGCCCCUCCACUGCGGGAUCCUUCGGCUACAAGAAGCCCCCUCCUGCCACAGGCACGGCCACCGUUGUGCAGACUGGCGGCUCCGCCACGCUCGGCAAGAUCCAGAAGUCCUCAGGCAUCCCCGUCAAGCCGGCAAACGGACGCAAGACCAGCCUGGACGUGUCCAACGGUGCAGAGCCCGGCUUCCUGGCCCCCGGAGCCCGGUCCAACAUCCAGUACCGCAGCCUGCCCCGGCCGGCCAAGUCCAGCUCCAUGAGCGUGACGGGCGGGCGGGGCGGACCCCGGCCCGUGAGCAGCAGCAUCGACCCCAGUCUCCUCAGCGCCAAGCAGGCUGGCCUGACCCCCUCCAGGCUGAAGGAGCCCUCAAAGGUGGCCAGCGGCCGGACCACCCCGGCCCCCGUCAACCAGACAGACCGAGAGAAGGAGAAGGCCAAAGCCAAGGCCGUGGCCCUGGACGUGGACAGUGUCUCCGUGAAGAGCGUGGGCUCCCCGGAGAGCACGCCCAAGAACCCAGCCGGCCACUCCCCGGCCCCCAAGUUGGCAGAGCUGCCGCCAACGCCUCUCAGGGCCACAGCCAAGAGCUUUGUCAAGCCGCCGUCACUGGCCAGCCUGGACAAGGUCAAUUCUAACAGUCUGGACCUUCCGUCAUCCAGUGACACCCACGCUUCAAAGGUGCCGGAUCUGCAGGCUCCGGGCCCAGCUGCUGGGGGCGCCCCCACUUCGUGCUUUAGCCCCAGUCCGGCCCCGAUUCUCAACAUCAACUCGGCCAGCUUCUCCCAGGGCUUGGAGCUCAUGAGUGGUUUCAGCGUCCCCAGGGAGACGCGCAUGUACCCCAAGCUCUCAGGCCUGCACAGGAGCAUGGAGUCCCUGCAGCUGCCAAUGAGCCUGCCUGGCGCCACGCCCAGCAGCGCCCCCAGCCCCACCCCCCCCGCCGCCCCCGCCGAGGAGGACGCGGAAGAGCUGAGCUGGAGCGGAAGCCCCAGGACCGGACAGCUGGACAGUAAUCAGCGAGAUCGGAACACUCUUCCCAAGAAAGGACUCAGGUACCAGCUCCAGUCCCAGGAGGAGGCCAAGGAGAGGCGCCACUCCCACACCAUCGGGGGGCUGCCCGAGUCCGACGACCGGUCCGAGCUGCCAUCCCCCUCUGCACUCUCCACGUCCCUGAGCGCCAAGGGCCAGCUCACCAACAUAGUGAGCCCCACUGCGGCCACCGCGCCAAGAAUCACCCGCUCCAACAGCAUCCCCACCCACGAGGCCGCCUUCGAGCUGUACAGCGGCUCCCAAAUGGGGAGCACCCUGUCCCUGGCCGACAGACCCAAGGGGAUGAUUCGGUCAGGAUCCUUCCGAGACCCCACGGACGACGUUCACGGCUCAGUGCUGUCCCUGGCCUCCAGCGCCUCCUCCACUUACUCCUCAGCUGAGGAGAGGAUGCAGUCUGAGCAAAUCCGGAAGCUCCGGAGGGAACUGGAAUCAUCCCAGGAAAAAGUGGCCACCUUGACGUCCCAGCUUUCCGCCAACGCUAACCUCGUGGCGGCUUUUGAGCAGAGCCUGGUGAACAUGACGUCCCGCCUACGACACCUGGCAGAGACGGCCGAGGAGAAGGACACCGAGCUGCUGGACCUACGAGAAACCAUUGACUUUCUGAAGAAGAAGAACUCUGAGGCCCAGGCGGUCAUCCAGGGAGCCCUCAGUGCCUCGGAGGCCACACCCAAAGAACUCCGGAUCAAGAGGCAGAACUCCUCCGACAGCAUCUCCAGCCUCAACAGCAUCACCAGCCACUCCAGCAUCGGUAGCGGCAAGGACGCUGACGCGAAGAAGAAGAAGAAGAAGAGCUGGCUCCGAAGCUCCUUCAACAAAGCCUUCAGCAUAAAGAAGGGACCCAAGUCGGCAUCCUCGUACUCGGACAUCGAGGAGAUCGCCACACCCGACUCCUCGGCCCCCUCAUCCCCCAAACUGCAGCACGCGUCCACCGAGACCGCCUCGCCCUCCAUCAAGUCCUCCGCCUCGUCCUCCGCGGGCACCGAGGCCCCCGAGGGCCCUGCUCACCCGGCCCCCCACGCCCGGCUGUUCCACACCAGCGAGGAGGGGGAGCCAGAGAAGAAGGAGGUCUCGGAGCUGCGCUCCGAGCUGUGGGAGAAGGAGAUGAAGCUCACAGACAUCCGCCUGGAGGCCCUCAACUCUGCCCACCAGCUGGACCAGCUGCGGGAGACCAUGCACAACAUGCAGCUGGAGGUGGACCUGCUGAAGGCUGAGAAUGACCGGCUAAAGGUCGCCCCCGGUCCCCCGGCGGGCUCCACUCCGGGGCAGGUCCCGGGGUCAUCUGUCCUGCUAUCCCCUCGCCGCUCCCUGGGCCUCGCGCUCACCCAUCCCUUUGGCCCGAGUCUCGCAGACACAGACCUGUCACCCAUGGAUGGCGUCAGCACUGGUGGUCCGCGGGAGGAUGUGAGUCUGCGCGUGGUGGUGAGGAUGCCGCCCCAGCACAUCAUCAAAGGGGACUUGAAGCAGCAGGAGUUCUUCCUGGGAUGCAGCAAGGUCAGCGGGAAGGUCGACUGGAAGAUGCUGGACGAAGCUGUCUUCCAGGUGUUCCAGGACUACAUCUCUAAGAUGGACCCGGCCUCCACGCUGGGCCUGAGCACUGAGUCCAUCCACGGCUACAGUGUCAGCCAUGUGAAGCGGCUCCUGGACACGGAGCCCCCGGAGCUGCCCCCCUGCCGCCGAGGGGUCAACAACAUAGCCGUCUCCCUCAAAGGUCUGAAGGAGAAGUGCGUGGACAGCCUGGUGUUCGAGACGCUCAUCCCCAAGCCCAUGAUGCAGCACUACAUCGGCCUCCUGCUCAAGCACCGGCGCCUCGUCCUCUCCGGCCCCAGCGGGACUGGCAAGACCUACCUGACCAACCGCUUGGCCGAGUACCUGGUGGAGCGCUCAGGCCGCGAGGUCACCGAGGGCAUCGUCAGCACCUUCAACAUGCACCAGCAGUCCUGCAAGGACCUGCAGCUGUACCUCUCCAACCUGGCCAACCAGCUUGACCGGGACACAGGGGUCGGGGACGUGCCCCUGGUGAUCCUCCUGGAUGACCUGAGCGAGGCGGGCUCCAUCAGUGAGCUAGUCAACGGGGCCCUUACCUGCAAGUAUCACAAGUGCCCCUAUAUUAUAGGUACCACGAAUCAGCCUGUAAAAAUGACACCCAAUCACGGCUUGCACCUGAGCUUCAGGAUGCUGACCUUCUCCAACAACGUGGAGCCCGCCAACGGCUUCCUAGUGCGCUACCUGAGGAGGAAGCUGCUGGAGUCGGACAGCGACGCCAACGCCAACAGGGAGGAGCUGCUGCGGGUGCUGGACUGGGUGCCCAAGCUGUGGUACCACCUGCACACCUUCCUAGAGAAGCACAGCACCUCCGACUUCCUCAUCGGCCCCUGCUUCUUCCUGUCCUGCCCCAUCGGCAUCGAAGACUUCCGCACCUGGUUCAUCGACCUGUGGAACAACUCCAUCAUCCCCUACCUACAGGAGGGGGCCAAGGACGGCAUCAAGGUUCACGGGCAGAAAGCCGCCUGGGAGGACCCCGUGGAGUGGGUCCGGGACACGCUCCCCUGGCCAUCAGCCCAGCAAGACCAGUCAAAGCUGUACCACCUGCCCCCACCCACCGUGGGCCCUCACAGCACUGCGUCACCCCCCGAGGACAGGACGGUCAAGGACAGCACCCCAAGUUCCCUGGACUCAGACCCUCUGAUGGCCAUGCUGCUGAAACUUCAAGAGGCUGCCAAUUACAUCGAGUCUCCGGACCGAGAAAGCAUCCUGGACCCCAACCUCCAGGCAACGCUCUGAGGGCCCAGCGGCCACCACGCGGACAGCGGCACGUGGCACCAGCCGCUCGCAGCCUCCUCUCCCCUCUCUUCCUCCAGACUGCAGAGCACUGGCUCCCCAGCCACGAGGACAGGACGGGGAGGGGUGCAGGAGGGGCACUCCUGGUGCUGCACCUUCGGGGACUUCCUGGUGGGGCUGGUGGGCGGAGUCUGGGAACCGGUGUGCCCAGGCGCGUUCACUGGCCUCCUCACGGCGGGGGGAAAGAUGAUUCUGGGUCUUUCUCCCUGAUGUCUCGUCUCGAUUGCAAACUCCUGGGCUUUCUGGGGAGGGUUUCAGAAGACCUCAGACCAAACUGCAGCAGUGCUGAUUCUGACAAAAGCGCUGAGGGCACAGCCCGCGUGGGGAGCCCACGGGAGGAGGAGCUCCAGGAUUUCUUGUGGACCCUGCCCAACUCCGCCACCACUGCCAACAGCUCUUCCCCCAGAGAUCCAGCCGGAGCCCAGAAAAAGAAGCAUGUGGUUUCAAAAAGUUUAAAUCAAUCUAUAAAGGUUUAACAGAAAGAGGAAAAGAUGAAGCUGGAGAGGAAAUCCGGUUCUGAGGUCGAGAGAGGGCUGCCCGCCCUGCCCUCUGGAGGACACGGGGACGCCGAGAGCCGGGAUGAUGCCAGCCUGGGGAGUCGCCAGCAACGGAGGUCCCGUGACAGCCUCGGAGCCGCACUGCCGCCCUGCCGCCCUGUCUCACACCCUCUGGCUUAACAUGCAUGACGUCAGUAAGCCCCGCUCUUUUGUUUUUUAUUUUGUUUCCAUUUUUCCUCCCAUUUGCCUGUUUUUCUCCUUUUUUGGGUUUGUUUUUUCCCAUUGCCCCACACGUCCACGAGGUGCUUGCCCUGCUCUUCCAGGGGCUGGUUUGGCUUUUCCAAGCCGUUCUUCAGAGAGUCGGGUGCCAUCUGGUUGGCACCAGCUAGAUACCCACCAUGCUGCCAUCUUUGGCAUCCUGGGGGCCCUCGUGGGACGUGAGGCACUGGCUCAGCGGCAGUGGGAGGAGAGGAACCCUGACCUCCCUUCGGAGAACGCAUGUGUUCCAGCUCGGAGCUCGGCGGCCAGCCUCCGGCAUGAGAGUGUACCACCCCUUCUUGCUAGACCAUCGGAUCCGAGCUGCACCAGAGACUGGAGGAGAACUGGAAACUAGAAGCCUCCCUCUGUCUCUGGCCUGUGUGGCCCUCACUGCCCUGUCUGAUGGCGGCCACCCUGCCUGACUGAAUCCACACCCCUCGCUGGACCUGCUGUUUUGGAAAGUGAAUGUUCGCUCGUGAGUGGCUGUCUGUGUGAGAUGCUCCCAAUCUGAAUAUAAGGCACAAUGAGUUUGGCUUGGUGGCAAAGACCUGCCUUCCAAAGGGGCCCGCCUCUUGCAGAAGCUGCCCUGGAGGCCUGGCAGUCUUAGCUCCUUCCUUCGACAAGCCCUUCCUGGGCCCCUGCUGCUCACCAGUCACGCGUUAAGAAGACAGACUUGGGCCCUUCCACUCAGUCUGGCGGGAAACGUGACCCUCCGUUAAGCACGCGCCCCCCUGCGCCUGAACCUUCAGGGCCAUCCAAGAAAUGAGCCGAAGCCCAGGGGCUGUGAUGAGGCCCAGUGCGCUGGGGCGAAGGCUGGGACCAGUCCAGGUGGCGCCUGAAGGGCCGUGGAACCUCCCGUCCCCAGCGGCCAAGUCUACAUCUGGCUGCUUCUGAAAGUCCCCGUGCGGCCAGAGCCCGGCUGCACCUCCGGCGAGGCUGACGCCUGGGGCUCCGCAGACCAGGGUGUGUGUGAGGCCUGCACCUGUGGCUGCUCCUCAGAUCCCCAAGUGGCACAAGACCCUGUCAGAACCUCUGGGCAUACGAACCGGGACCACUCUCCCACCAAACCCAGGAGUAGAUGCCUCUGAAUCUUCACAUCAGAACAGUUUCAUUAGGUCCCAAAGGUGGUCCAGAUUGCUUCCCCAGAAGCUUCUGCAUUCACCUGGGAGCUCCCAGGGAGGACUGGGCCAGAGAUCAUGACUGCUGCUGCCGCUCGGCCCGCGAGCUGUGAGGGGCCCAGCUCAGCUGUCACUGUGCAGCUCUGCGGGGAAGAGGCCGUUUGUCCAAGGAUGGUGCUGAAAUCACUGCCUUAAGGCCUCUGCUGUGCAGAACGAGGAGGCUCCCAUCUGGAAGGAAGGGAGGUGGGCAGGCCUCUUCCCUGCCCCGCCCUCAGCUCCAGCCACGCAGCACGGCUCCAGCUUCUACAGCCGUCUUCGUCCGGUGGUCCAGCCCUUAAUUCUGCUCUCCGGUGCUGCCCAGCCAGUGCCUUCGGUCGCGGCUACUUGAGAAAAAGGAAAGGGUUGUAAACCCCUUCCUCCACUCCAACUGCCUCACACUCCCCCAGAGCAAUUCCUGCCUCCCUGGUAACCAUGGCGACCACCGUGGGUUUCACCUGGGUCCUCUGCAGGUUGGUUCCGAAGGUCAUCUCAAUUCCUGGGCCCAACCGCUCUGCUGUCAGUGGACCACUGCGUUUAGCCCGGGGCUCCCAUUGCUUCCCUCCCGGGGUGUGUCCCCCUCCAGGGAGGUGGCACUGCAGCCCCAGCUUUCCCCUGGGGGCUUGGGAGCCUGUUUACAGCUGAAGCUGUGCCCUGGCUCCUGGCUGUGGGCAUCAGUCGUCUCCUGAGGAAUCGUGGCUGUAUGGCAACUGCAGAAGGUCGGGCCCCCUCUUGGUGCUAUGACCCCUCGGGACGCUCGCUCAGGCUUCUCUGAGGCUGAGGUGUGAGCUCCCUCGCUGCCCCAGAAGCACCGGCAGGAGCGGAUCUGCAGCGUUCGCUCCCCCUGCACACCUGCUUCUUGGGCGAGACCACUGGGAUCUCUCAGUAAAGGAAAACCGGGUCCCAGGGCUGAACUCUCAACCCCAGGCACCUUCAGAAGAGUCCGGCCUCUCUUAGGACGGGGCGUGUGCCCCCUUCCUCUCAGCCCUCGGCUCCACCCCUCACUGAAGCUGGCUAGCAGAUGACCCGCUUCUCCCCCCCCACCCGCUCCCUGGGACAGCCGCGACUCCAGGAGGGCGCCCGGUGCCACCCCUCGUCUCUGGACACAGGAGACCAGCGUGUUUUGUCCAGUGUGUGUGUUCUCAGCCCCUGCCUGAGCACAAAAAAUAAAGCAGUAGGUCGUUGGCGGCUCAGAGAGGACCUGAUGUCUGUGUGUGUCUCUCACGAGAGCAGUUUCUUGUCACUGUUUCCUAUCUUCUGAGCUUCAGAUUUUAAAAAUCUCUGCUCCGUGGCAGCUCUGCGGUGCUUAUCUCUGUGUGCAAUUCUCCCACCAACGUCUUUCUCACGUGGUCUAAGCUCGGGGAAGCCAGAGGCUGGCAGGGAAGGAUUUGCUCAAGGUCCGUGGAAAGAUCCUAGCAGGAAGUCCUCCUCGGUUGGCAUGCUAAGUUUUGUUUUGAAUUACCAGCCUUAUGACUAGUCUACCCGUGCUCCUUAAGGACUUAAGACAUAACGGUGAUUUUUAGUUUUUAUUUCUUGCCUUCUGGUUUUCCUGGUUGGCAAGACUCCAAAUGGGCCUAGUGUUACCAUCGCUUCACUUCUGUCUCCCUGAGACCAGGUCACACAGUCCAGACAGAUACCUGCUCAGUCUCAGGACUAGCAAGAACACUGACCAACUCCUGUCGUGUUCAGGAAGGGCGGGCAGCGGCGACUUGCUCAGCAGCACCGCGCAUCGUCGCCGGGGUGGUGCCCACACAUGGAAGCCCCGACCUGGUCCUGCAAACCAGGAUCGCAGAGGGACCCGAGUCAGGCCUGAGGACUCUUCCCUGCAAGGUGUUUGGGAGAGGAAGCCGUUCUUGUCCUGACCACACGUUUAACACAGGGUUCGAGUGCUGGAAUAAUCUGGAUCACCAAACUUAACUUCUCAUCACACUUUCUUCCUUUCCGUACUCAGGCCUUAGCUAAGCUGAAGCCAGUAAGUAAACUCCAGAAUCCCCCCAGCCCUCUGGCUCCCCUGGGAUGAAAUGUGCUGUUCCAGAGGCUUUACCAGUAGAAUGACAGUAAGUACACUCUUACGAUGACCGAUAACAACUGGUGAGUUCUGGCCCGCAGCCCCGUAAGUCAGAAAAUGGUGUUAGGGACACGGUGUUCCCAGAAGGCCAAGCCUGAAGAUAGUGGCCUUUGUAAUCCAAGCAGCUUUAUUUAUUCUCGAGUCCCCAAUCCACCCGGUCAGGGGUACCGGGGCCACCAGCUGGGCUGUCCCACUGCCAAGGCCCACGUGUGCAUGCCGGCUCAGCGUGGCCUGGGAGCAAGCCCUCCAGCCACAGACCCCGGGGAAGAUGGGAGAGUCCGAAGUCCAGAAGCUGCAGAAGUACCAGUACAGUUGAAAAGUAAACCUGUGUGUCCCGGGUCCUCGCAGUUCGAGGUGCCAGCUCUUUUCCUUAGGUACGCCUUAGAGAGUUUUCUGUGACAGGAGUGGUCACGGAAGUAAGUGAACACUUGGUCCCUUGACUCAACUCUCUGUUCUUAAAGCAGUGAUGUUUCCAGACCAGCAGUGUUGGUAUCUGGGAACUGGUUAAAAAUGAGAUUCUCUGACCCCAUCCCAGACCUACAGAAUCAGAAACUGGGGAGAGAGCCGGGUGGUUCUUGUUCUGACAAACCCUCUUGGUAACUCUGAGGCACCCCACAGUUUGAAAUUCACUGUGUUAGGGAAGGCCAGGUAUCGGAGUCUCCCCCCUGGGGCUUUAGGACCAAAAAAUAAGGUCCUAGGUUAUAUUUCAGACUUUACCCUUAUCUUCAAAGUCAGCUUUCUCCUGCUUCCUUAGGAUUCUGCUUCUCCUUUUAUUUCACACAGAAAGAAAAGGUAUGUGUGCCUUUGGGCAGAAGGUAGGGGAAUGUCCACGUCUCCUAGUUGAAUACAGUCUGGAGAAAAAUGUCACGGCUGUGAAAUUUCUACCAAGCAGACUAGGGCUUAACAGGAGAAAGCGGUCAGGGUCUUUUCCAGGCAGCUCUUCUGCCGGAGGACUUGUGUCUACUCUGAGCCUCUUCCCGGUUAGGUAACAGGAUGAGGAAAGCCUACAAAUCGAAUUCAUGUUUCCACGACAGCUCGUCCUCUGAGCCGCAUCCCUCGCCCCUAUUUGAAUUCUAAAGGGCACUGCCAGAUCUGAGACCCUGUCAGAACCUCCUGCCCCAAGGCAGGCCCCCAGGCCCUGCUCCGUGGCAGUGGCAGGAGGGAGGUCAGGGCGCUUGGGCAGCAAGUCCUCGGCCUCCUCUCCUUUCCCUGCACCAGGACUUGGGACUUGGACACAGCUACUCACGGCGACAGAAUCCAAUCUGUAUUCGAAAAAUCUGAAAGGAGCUUCAAUAUCCUGAACUCACAGACCCCAGCGGGUGGAGCCAUGGGGGAGACGAGGCGUUUACAACUGGUUUUGUGUCAAGUGUGUCUGUUUUCCCCGUGAGAGAGCCUGUGGGUGGAGGACAAAGCAACGUGCUAGCACUCGGGCCCUGAGCUCUGGAACCAAGCACUUGGAGGACGGAUUAAGGCCCGAGGAAGGCGAGGGUGAGACAGUGGCACUAAAACCGCCCCCUCCCCGGUCCCCUCCAUUCCCCUCCUGUGGGAUCUCCCUGCCUCCCUGCCGUUUCUCCAAGGCUGAAGAUGCAGCUGGGAAGACCAGAGUUCCCAGACCCCAGCCGGUCUCUGGGCCACUGCUGCACAGGAGCCUCCCACUUUCUCAUGUGUUUUUGUUUUUGUUUUUAACGGAACAGUUUUUUUCUUAAAUGAAUUCCAACCCCACUGGACUCCUUUCCUUUUCCCUCCUGCCCAUCCCAGUUCAGGCAGCGCUAUUCGUGGAUGGAGUCCUUAUAUCUCAGAUGCAUGGCGGUUCUCAGGUGGUGGGUGGGCAGGCGUCUUUGCAACACUUUUUCUUGCAUUCACUGGGCACAGACCCCCAAGCCAGGAUGUAUGUGUGUCUGUGUGUCUGUGUUUUAUCAUUUGGCCUCCCCUCUUCCAAUCUACCCCCGUUUACAUCAUUUCACGGAGAGACUCGGCCAUUGUACAUAGUUGCGGUAACAAUCAAGUGGAGAGCUGGGCGUCCCUCACUGGUUCGUCUGAUCUAACAAACUGGUUGAAAGUGAAAUCCAGGCGAGGGCCAGCGGAAUUGGCCUCCCUCCACCACCCAGGGCCCCUCCUCUGGACCUUCUGUCCGUCAGGCAUGUCUCCUUCCAGCGAGAUUAACCUGUUCGAUGCUAUUAUAUUUCAAUAAAGUUUUUCCUGUGUUGUCCGCUGCUCUCUCUA